ACAGUCAUGAUAAUCCACAAACAUCACCACACCACUCCCCCCCCCCCCCCCAAAGGAAAUGGACUGCAGAUGCAACAUCGACAGCUGCAACAAUCCUUCUUCUUUUGCUUCUUCUCUUCUUCCACGGCAAUGAAAUAUCUUCUCUCGGAUAUUAUUGUCCCAUGGAAGACCCAACGACUUCAUCAAAUUCAAGCUCAGCUGCUCUCGUCACCACCCUCUACAACUCAAUCCAAGCUUUAGGCCGUGGUUUUGAUGUCACCUCCGAUAUUCGUCUUCUUUACUGCAAGGGAGCUCCUGGCUCUCGUCUCGUUCAUAUCGAAGAGCAGAAGACGAGGGAUCUUGUAAUCUCAGAUGAUGUUAUGCUUCCCAAUGUCUCCGUUGAUAUCGAGUGCUCCCGCGGGUGGAGCAGGAGAGGGACCACUGCAGUCUGUAGCUUCCACGAGAUGGCCCAGCAUUUCAAUGAGAAUUCUGGUAUAUCAGGAAGCAUGCCUCUUGGAAGCUUUAACUCCAUGUUCAAUUUCACUGGUUCUUGGCAAGUCGAUGCAGCAGCUACAAAAUCCCUGGCCAUGGUUGGGUAUUUUAUGCCCCUCUUUAAGGUUGAAUUGGCAAAAUCACAGCUAGUUUCACAUCAGGAAAUCAAGCGUUCUGUUCCGUACUCUUGGGAUCCUGCAUCCUUGGCAAGCUUCAUUGAAAAUUUUGGUACCCAUAUCAUUACAUCUGUGACAGUUGGUGGUAGAGAUGUAGUUUAUGUCAAGCAGCAUCCAUCAUCUCCUUUAUCACCUUCAGAAAUUGAGAACUAUUUGAGAGACAUCGGGGAUCAAAGGUUUGUCAACUUGGAGAGCCAGUGGGAUGUUGUUCCUGCCAAUAAGGUAGUUACAGAUCCUUCUGCUUUUAACAACCAAGAUAUACAACCUCAGCAUACCAGUGUUCCAUAUCUAAGUGCAAAGGAGGAUGUUACAGUCAUUUUUAGAAGGAGAGGGGGUGAUGAUCUUGUACAGAGUCAUGUCAAGUGGGAAGAGACUGUACCUUUGGCACCUGAUGUCAUCAACAUGACAUUUUUGCCUAUCGUUUCUCUUCUGGAUGGAUUGCCUGGGAUAAAACAUUUGGCUCGUGCCAUUGAUCUAUACUUAGAAUACAAGCCACCUAUUGAGGAGCUACAGUAUUUCUUGGAGUUUCAGAUAGCCCGGGUUUGGGCACCUGAACAAAAUAAUUUUCCAGGUCACCGCAAGGAGCCUGUGUGUCCUUCCCUUCAAUUCAGCCUGAUGGGUCCCAAGCUUUACAUUAGCACAGACCAGGUGACAGUUGGCCGUAAGCCUGUCACAGGGCUCAGGCUUUGCCUGGAAGGUAGCAAACAAAACCGACUUGCUAUCUAUUUACAGCACCUCUCAUCUCUCCCGAAGAUUCUUCAACCCCACUGGGACACGCACAUGUCCAUAGGAGCACCAAAGUGGCAAGGGCCUGAGGAGCAAGACAGCCGGUGGUUUGAGCCAAUCAAGUGGAAGAAUUUCUCACAUGUAAGCACAGCACCCAUAGAACACACUGAGACUUGCAUAGGAGAUCUUUCUGGUGUUUACAUUGUCACAGGGGCUCAGCUAGGUGUUUGGGAUUUUGGUGCCAAAAGUGUCCUACACCUCAAACUACUCUUUUCCAAGGUACCUGGCUGUACAAUAAGAAGGUCUGUGUGGGAUCACAGCCCAUCCAAUAUUUCACAGAGACAGCGGCCUGAUGGUGCAUCUUCCUCAGCUACAAUCAAUGACACAGGUUCAGAUGAAAAGAAAGCUGACAAUCCAGUUCAAUUUGGGAAGCUGGGAAAGAUCGUUGAUUUGACGGAGAUGUCAAAGGGGCCACAAGACAUUCCUGGUCACUGGUUAGUUACAGGAGCUAAGCUUGGGGUGGAGAAGAGCAAGAUUGUGCUACGUGUAAAGUACUCCCUUCUGAACUACUGAGAUCUGCUGUUAUUGUGAUUUUAUUGUCCUCCAGACAGCAUCUCAAGCAUUUUUUUGCACAGGCAACUCUUGUUAGUUUUUUCGUCUGUACAUUCCUUUUUGUUUUCUUCCUAAAUAGGUUCAUUAUAGAUUUGUAGUAUGCUCUUUUACUGAUUUUUGUGUUUAGUUCCACUAUUCAAGGGACACAUUGGUCUUUCUUUGAAUUUUCCGUAGCCCUUUUGAAGAGUUUCGACAUUUUUUAAGGCCUGCUGUUUUGGUUAGCUUUGAAAGGAGCUCUGCGAUAAUUGAGUUCUGAUUCCUGGUUGCGGUUGGAAGACGACCCUGAGAUAUCAAAAGAAGAUGUAAUUGCUAAAUGUUUCUGGCCCCUGCUGCUAUUGUGGUCUUCUAAUUUUACUUUGAUUGUUAACUAGCAUCACAUGAAGUUGUGACA